UGCGCGCUCCUGGUCCAAACGAGAGAGCCAGAGGAGCUGAUAACCCGCUUCGCCGCUAACAGUCUGUCUGCACGCUAUCAAUAAAUCCCGGGGAAAAUAGCACAAUGUCCGAAGAAAAGCCAAAGGAAGGAGUGAAGACGGAGAACGACCACAUUAACCUCAAGGUAGCUGGUCAGGAUGGGUCAGUUGUACAGUUCAAAAUCAAAAGGCAUACUCCACUCAGCAAACUAAUGAAGGCAUACUGCGAAAGACAGGGACUGUCAAUUCGUCAGAUAAGGUUUAGGUUUGAUGGACAGCCAAUUAAUGAAACAGACACACCUGCACAGCUGGAGAUGGAGGAUGAGGACACUAUUGAUGUAUUUCAACAACAGACAGGAGGAGUCUGUUCUUAAGUGGGAUGUGGACUCUUGGAAGAACAUCCACACCAUUAUUUUCAUGUUGUAUUUGUUUAUUUCUGUUUUUACUUGAUUCUUUUUCCUUUUCUUUCUUUUUUUUUUUUUUUUUUUACACUGUGCUUGGCUAAACGUCAGGCUCCUCACAACAUAAAAGAUCGUAGAGUUUUUGUCAUUUGGGGCCAAAUCCUAACUUUGAGAUGCAGGGUAAUUUUUUAAAAACAUGCUUUAUUCACAUAAAUGGAUGAUUUGAAAUUGUCCGAGGCAGGGACACGGCUCAGACCAGAUAUGGCUCGAAAUGAAAAGCUACUGCUUUCUUUUGGAUGUUGAGAUGACCUGCAUGUCUCAUAAACCAUAAGCUGAACUACAUGCCAAAAUCUUUUUUUUUUUUUCUUUUUGUUUAAGUUUUCCAGAUCAUUGUUAACAUUCAAAUUCAGGAUGGGCAUGUUUUUUCAUGUACUUGAUAUUGCAAUGAGGAAAACUGCUGGGAACGAGCCUAUGGGAAGCGCUACAGCAUAUUUCUCAUGUAACUUUUAGUAGUCUUCUUUUUAAAUGAACAGUUAAAUAAUUUGUUGUAUCCAUGUCCAUUUUAGCUUAAGUAUUUGCUCAGAAAAUUCUGGAGAAAGAUGCAUAUGGAUGGUUUACCUCAUUACUGUCACUCUCAAUGCAGAUUUAACUGAAUGGUAAAUAAAGUACAGUAAUGUUUCUGGACCAAAAAGCUAAAUGAAUAGUGUUCUUUUAUAAAAGGGUUUGGUUAAUAUAUAAACUGUCGAUGGAAAGGGUUACUGUGACUCUAACAGUGGUCUUUGUUGCACAGCCAGGGAGGAGUUCUCUUAAAGUUUGAAUUGAUUUUCUUUCCAGCUUUUCAGGACUCCAGAAUAAAAGUAAUUCACCUCUACCGGUCCAGAAAUUGAGUGAUCUCAUCUAAGAUUAUAUUCAUUGCAUAUUUCAUUGUAUAAACAGAUAUUGAGUCAUUGCUGUGUUGCCAAUUUGAAUGCAUUUGUCCAUCAGUCUAUCCGAACAUCAUCAACAGAUGCUUAGUUUGUUUUGACUCGUGUGUUGGUAGAAAUCUUGUUUUAUAAGAAUGUCCGCCUUCAUUUUAAAAAUUCACAUUUGUUAGAUUGGCAAAGUGACGUUGGCAGAUAUUCCACUUUUUUGUACAUUAUUUGUUGUCCCUAUACUGUAUACAAUAAAUAUAGUUUGAUACUCAA